CUCUCUGACGUCCUCGGCCAGCUCCACGGCGUCCUCGCAGAGCGGCGGUCUGGGCGCCAACCGUAAGAAGAGCAUCCCGCUGUCCAUCCGUAAUCUGAAGCGGAAACACAAGAAGAAGAGGACGAAGUUCUCGCGCGAGUUCAAGCCCGGAGACCGGGUGGCAGUGGAGGUCGUCUCCACAAAGACCACGGCGGAUGUGAUGUGGAAGGACGGUCGGGUGGAGAAGGGGAUCCGAUCAAACGACCUCAUCCCCAUCCAGCACCUCGACAGCCACGAGUUUUGUCCGGGGGACUUCGUAGUCGACAAAAGACCCCAAGCCCUCCAGGACCCGGGGGUCUACGGUGUGAUCCAGUCUGGUGACCACAAAGGCAGAACGUGCGUCGUCAAGUGGAUCAAACUGAACUCGAGCAGCGACGACGUCGAGGUCAUCGGUAUGGAGGAGGACGUCAGCGUGUACGACAUCGCAGAUCAUCCAGAUUUUCACUUCCGCACAACCGACAUCGUCAUCAGAAUAUGGAACUCGGAGACCGGCCAGAACGACUGCGAAAACGAGACGUCCGUGGGUCAGGUGUCCCGGGUGGACGUGAGCAGCAAAGUGGAGGUGGUGUGGGCGGAUAACUCCAUGACCAUCGUCCUGCCGCAGCACCUCUACAACGUGGAGUCUGAGAUCGAGGAGACGGACUACGACUCGGUGGAGGAGACGAGCAGCGUGCUGUCCACCGAGGAGUGGGAGGACGAGAGCGACAGCUGGGAGACGGACAACGGCCUCACCACCGAGGAAGACAGCCACGCCGCCAUCAACGCCGAGGUCGUCGACGCCACGACCCCGACGCCCACGCCCACCGGAUGCUCGUCGUUCAUCAUCCCGCCUGCAGAGGGCACCAAAGUCACCAGCCCAAUGAGAGGCGGGGCUGAGGAGGAGGGGGAGGGGUCUGUGGCUGCUGCUAGUCCUGCUUCAGGAGGAGGAACUACUCCCGGCACGGUGAACGGAGCGGAGAAGCCCGGUAAGGACGGCGCCUCUCGGGGCUUCAGGGAGUUGAAGGAGGCCUUGAAGAUCCUGGAGAGCCUGAAGAACAUGACCGUGGAGCAGCUCUGGACCGGGGGCUCUCCGACCUCGCCGACCUCCGCCGAGCCCGCCUCGACGGCUCACGUGGCGCCCUCCUCGGUGACACCGACGGCGCCCGAGAAACCCACCAAGGAGAAGCGCUUCCUGGACGACAUCAAGAAGCUGCAGGAGAACCUGAGGAAGACGCUGGACAACGUGGCCAUCGUGGAGGAGGAGAAGAUGGAGGCGGUGGUGGAGGCCGGGGUCAGCGGAGGGGCGGGGACGGAAGUAGAGAGAGCUGGAGAGGAGAAGCCUCAGCCCGAGCUGCAGACUCCAGUGGGAGGACCGGAGUGGCCCAGCGAGUUUCUCAGCGACACGCCCGUACUGUGCCAACAGAGCGGCGGGAAACCCGGCGUCACCUUCACCAGCGCCAAGGGAGAGGUGUUCUCUGUGCUGGACUGGGCUCCAGACACACACUCGUUUAAGAAAAUGGAGUUCCAGCCGGCCGAGGCGAAGAAGUUUUUCAGCACAGUGAGGAAGGAGAUGGCUCUGCUGGCGACGUCUCUGCCCGACGGCAUCAUGGUCAAAACAUUUGAAGACCGCAUGGACCUGUUCUCGGCUCUGAUCAAAGGGCCGACCCGCACGCCCUACGAGGACGGCCUCUUCCUGUUUGACAUCCAGCUGCCCAACAUCUACCCGUCUGUGCCGCCGCUGUUCCGCUACCUGUCGCAGUGCAGCGGCCGCCUCAACCCCAACCUCUACGACAACGGCAAAGUGUGCGUCAGCCUGCUGGGCACCUGGAUCGGCAAGGGCACCGAGAGAUGGACCAGCAAGUCCAGCCUGCUGCAAGUCCUUAUUUCCAUACAAGGCCUCAUCCUGGUCAACGAGCCGUACUACAACGAGGCGGGCUUCGACAGCGACCGCGGCCUGCAGGAGGGCUACGAGAACAGCCGCUGCUACAACGAGAUGGCCCUGAUCAAGAUGGUCCAGUCCAUGACGACCCUCCUGCAGAACCCCGUGGAGUUCUUCAGGCAGGAGAUCCAGGAGCACUUCGCCUCUAACGGCUGGCGCCUCGUCCACCGGCUGGACGUCUGGCUCGAGCUGAACGAGGCCGCCGAGAGGAGCCACGCCGCCCACGUGACCUACAGACACUCGAAGGAGCGUCUGGACGAGCCCGUGGCGGUGGCCCACAGCAGCCCCAGCAAGCCCGGGGAGGAGGGCGGGGUCACGGGGGUCAGCAGUAUUAUCGAGGAAGACCUGGAGGACUCAGGUCUGAGCCCGUCCACUGUGGCGCCGCCGCAGCAGGACCUGAGCCAGAACUCAGACUGCGACAGCACCCAGGGGAGCGCCACGCUGCCCGGCGCUGUGGUCCGCGGCGGGACGUCAGAAUCAUCAGGUGCGGUCAGCGGUGGAGGGGCGGUCUCGGCGGCGAGCCAGCCCGUGGUGCGACCAAAGAAACGGAGAAAGAGCUACAGGAGCUUCCUCCCCGAGGGCAGCGGCUACCCGGACAUCGGCUUCCCGCUCUUCCCGCUCUCUAAGGGUUUCGUGAAGAGCGUGCGAGGCGUGCUGCUGCAAUACCGAGCUGCGCUGGCCGCCGCCGGCAUCGCCGAGCACAUAGAGGACAAUGAAUCUGCAGACGAGUGUGAUGCAUAAAGAGGGAGGGGGACGCAAGCAGGUAAACACAAAGGAGGUCAAAGGUCAGGACUCUGACAGAGGAGGAGAGAUCUUCACCUGCAGACUCGUUACCGUGGAGGUCAAAGACGGCGGAAUAAACGACGACCUCUCGACUGAUCUAUGUGUAGCACUACUGAAACUU